AUGCUGGGAAGAGUCCUUUGGAUGUUGAUCACUGUAACUGGACUUCUGCUAAAUCCUGUGGAAGCUCAACCUCACAGAAUUCUUGUAGACACUGAUGUGAAUAUAGAUGAUGUUCUUGCUCUGUUUUAUCUCUUGAAGCAAAAUAACACAGAGUUCGAUUUGAAGGCAAUUACUGUUAAUGCAAAUGGGUGGAAUGAUGCUGGGCACGCUGUUAAUUAUUUGUAUGACAUUCUUUUUAUGAUGGAUCACGACGAUGUUCCUGUUGGUGUUGGAGGUGAAGGUGGCAUUUUGCCUAAUGGUACCAUCCUUCCAAAUGUUGGGGGUUAUCUUCCCAUUAUUGACCAGGGCGUGUCCACGGCCGGUCGUUGCAGAUACAGACAAGAAGUACCACCGGGCCAAGAUGGACGUCUAGAUGUAAAUUCAAACUAUGGCAUACGCAAGGCUUUACUUCCUCAGGGUGAGAGAAAAUAUGUGCCUCUUCAACAACCUACAGCUCAGCAAGUGAUGAAAGAUGCGGUAUCUGCAGGUCCCAUCACUGUGUUUCUUAUGGGCGCUCACACAAAUUUAGCCAUUUUUCUUAUGUCCAAUCCUCAUCUGAAGAACAAUAUUAAGCAUAUAUAUGCAAUGGGAGGUGCUAUUAGAUCAACCUGCUCCGAAAAUGCCACCUCCUCCGAGGCAGAGCUGUGUGGUGACCUCGGUAAUUUGUAUUCACAAGACAGCAAUCCAUACGCAGAGUACAAUAUCUUUGUAGAUCCUUUUGCUGCAUACACGGUCUUACAUUCUGGCAUUCCAAUCACACUCAUUCCUCUGGAUGCAACAAGAACGAUUCCUGUAGAUGAGAAAUUUUUCUCAGCAUUUGAACAGAAACAAGAGACAUAUGAGGCACAUUACAGCUUCCAGUCCUUAAAAAUGAUUCGUGAUACAUGGCCUAACAAAGAAUUUCAUAAGGAAUUUUGCAUGUGGGAUUUUUUCAUGGUUGGAGUAGCGUUAUCUCAAAUGCAAAGUUUAGAGAGAGAUGAGGGAGAAAAUGAAUUUGCUAAAAUGGAAUGGAGGAACAUCUCAGUGAUUACUUCAAAUCGACCUUAUGGAAUUUCAGAUGGCUCAAAUCCUCUUAUUGAUGGGCGUUCAAUCCCAAAGUUCAAUGUACAGAAGAAUGGGGUGCAUAGUGGUCAUGUUCAGCUGGGAAUCCAAGACCCGUUUUGCCUUGUCAAAGGGAGAAAAGGAAAAUGUCAGGAUGGUUACACAAAGGAGGUAAAUGGUCCUGAAGCAGUUAGUGUUCUUGUUGCAACAAAAGCUAAGGAAAAUCGUGACGUUGACAGCAUUCUUGCCAAAGAAUUCUAUAAAAGUUUCUUGGAUGUUAUAAAUCGACCUAAGCGAAUUGGACAGCUUAAUACUCGAGCAGGGUUUCCACUCUACCAGAGUGUACUUCAAAAACCAGAUUUUGGAAAGGAAUUGAUGGGUAAACCUGUAGUUUUUGAUAUGGAUAUGAGUGCUGGGGACUUUCUAGCUCUUCUAUAUCUCCUAAAAUUACCUGUAGAACUGAUCAACCUCAAGGGAAUCCUGGUUAGUGCUAACGGCUGGGCAACUGCUGCAACCAUAGAAGUUGUAUAUGACAUACUGCAUAUGUUGGGCCGUGAUGAUAUUCCAGUUGGUCUUGGAAAUGUAUUUGCAGUUGGUCAAUCUCAUUCAGAGUUCCCUUCUCUUGGAGACUGCAGGUACAGCAGCUCCAUUCCUCAGGGUAGUGGUGGCUCCUUGGACUCUGAUACACUCUAUGGAUUUGCUCGUGACUUACCUCGCAGUCCUAGAAGAUACAGACCAGAAACUGCUGAUUACCCUGGACUUGGACAACCGACUGCACUAGAUGUUUGGAAGUCCAUUGUAAAAUCACUGCAUCCAGGAUCCAAGAUUACUUUGUUGACCAAUGGACCUUUGACAAAUUUAGCCCAAAUCAUUCUUUCUGAGAACACAGACUCAGUGGUCCAGGAUGUAUAUGUUGUUGGGGGACACAUUCCCCACGAUAAUGAAAAAGGAAAUCUGUUCACUGUCCCUUCAAAUGAAUAUGCAGAGUUUAACAUGUUUCUUGACCCUUUGGCUGCAAAGGCAGUUUUAGAUUCAAAACUGAACAUAACACUGAUUCCAUUGCGGAUCCAGAAGCAAGUCAGUUCCUUCCAGAAUAUUCUUGUUGAAUUGUUGCAGCUAACAGAUAAAACUCCUGAAGCUGCAUUUGCCCAGCAUCUACUUUCAAGGCUUUGGGAACUAAAACAGAAUCAUCAUAGAUACCUUCACAUGGAUACAUUUUUGGGGGAAAUCCUUGGUGCUAUAAUCUUGGCUGGUGGUCAUCCUCUAUUAAACCAAACCUUUGAGUUUAUGCCUCUCAAGGUGGUGGCUGAGGGAGAUGUAUCAAUAAUUGGGCAGCUGCUUAUUGAUGAAAAUCAAACAAAGAUGGUGAAGAUCUUGUGCGGUAUAAAUCCAGAGGCAUAUUAUGAACAAUUUGCUAAUAUAUUAGGAGCCAAACAGCUUUCUGCUGUUAUAGCAAGCUUUGUUGAGGAAAAAGGAACAUGGGCUACCCAACCAAAUAGAACUUGUACAAUUAAUCACCUGGCCAACUGA